AUUCACGUGUAAGCAACGCUGCGCUCUCGUGCGGCAUGACGGGAAGCGCUCGAACCGGCGCGGUGAGACUUCCGCUUCCUGUCGCCAUGUUUUUGGGGGAGUGCUUUCGUUUCGUGCUGCUGUGAAGCGUAAGAGCUGCGCUGACCGGGCAUUGUAAUCAGGCGUCAUCAACAAUAAUUCCAAAUAUGGUUAACUGUGCUGUGUUGGGAUGCAACAACGAGUCAAGGCGGAAAGCUGACUGUGGUGAAAACACGACGAAAGUCAGUUUUUUUUCUGUUCCGACUGUUGUUCGUCGGCAGUGCAACCAGACCCUCGAGGUCUCAACGAAACGUCGGGCGGAAUGGUUUCGUCGCCUCAACCGUGGUUACAUUAAUACCAACGCUACUCACUACAAGGUCUGCAGCGAGCACUUCGUUUCUGGAAGGCCAUCCUACCUGAUGGACGUUACAAACCCAGACUGGGCACCCAGCUUACACUUGGGGUAUGACAGAAACUCAGCUGCUAAAUCUGAAGCAAGGCACCAGCGACGUUGCAAGAGGGCUGCGACCUCAAAGGAGAUCCAAGAGGGCAAUAGCAGAGUUCUCCAGCCUUCAAAUGUGUUGAACGUGCAGCACAGCGCUGUGUGCAGAACUGUCACGGGUACAAUGGCUUAUUCAUACAUGGGGACUAUUUCCUUUAAUGACAUUCAGCAUCUUUAUAGCACCUUGAUUCUAUACAGGCACACCACUUGCACGCCCUGUUACAGCACAUAACAAGGAAGCUGAUGAGCCACAUUGCGCACUCAACAGCGGUUCAGGUCAGUGCCCUAGAUAAGCUGUUCAUACAGGCUGGAUUUUACAUCACAGUGUGCUUGUAAUGGAAUUAUAUUGUUCCCGAUGGUCUUUGAGCUAGCAGGCAGUGGCAAGUUGUGUACUUUUAAUUUUUGCAUGGUUGGUCUUUCUGACAAAAAUUACAAAACCUCACUAUUUGCUCAUCCUCUACCCUAUUGCUUGCAGUAAACAGCGUCAUAUAUCCAACAGUCCUACAGCGUAAACUAUUUGGUGCUUCCCUCUCUCUGGAGUAGUGGGCCCAUUAUGUGAGCACAAAAUUGGUGGUUGUGAAAUAGCAAUGACAACACUUCAAUGCAGGUCAAUCCAUGCUGCAACAAGUACCAGCUUCAACCGUAGCUCAAGAUGCUGAUGAUACUGUUGCUGACGUUUAUUGAGUGAUUUGUGUUUACACAGUUCAAACGGCCCGAGUACUUUAAUUUAGGAACAUAACUUCAAUGAUUGACAACACCUCAUUGCAGACCCACCAUCUGUGCAAUCACCCGAGGAAGGCAGGGCCUCAGCUGAAAUGGGUUCUCCAGUUGGAGUUGUAGUGGAUGCCUCAUAUUGUGAGUACUGCAUUCGUUCAGUUGGAGCAAACCGGAAGUGUUUAACACAAGGGAUUCUAAGAGUCACAUUCCUGCAUUUUUUAUCAGAUGUAAAGUUUUCUGAAGCUGGUGUUCAAGCCACCACUUCGACAGCUGAAGCUUCAGUAAAUACCACUUCAUGUAAGUAAUGUGACAAAUAUCUCAAGCACUCUGCACCUGACUGGCAAAUGCGUAGUAAUGUAUUGCCUAUACAUUUCUUUCAGUGCUAAAGGAUGCUGAAACUCAAACUGACA